AUGAAUGCUGCUCAUUUGUUUCCUUUUUCCCACCCUGUUUUCUGUCAAAGAUGUCCCAGCAUUAUAGAUGCACUAAAUGUAACAGCCAUCUUAGAAUUCCAACUCCUGGGAUUCUCAGAGGAUCCAGACCAGCAACCAAUCCUCUUUGGACUGUUCCUGUUCAUGUACCUGGUCACUAUUCUUGGGAACCUGCUCAUCAUCCUGGCAGUGAGCUCUGACUCCCACCUCCACACCCCCAUGUACUUCUUCCUCUCCAACCUGUCCUUGACUGACAUAUUUUUCAUUUCCACCACAGUCCCAAGAAUGAUUGUGAACAUUAUAACUCACAGUAGAGCCAUCUCCUAUGUGGGUUGCCUGACACAGAUGUCCUUUUUUAUCAUUUUUGGAUGUACGGAUGGUAUGCUUCUGACUGUGAUGGCCUAUGACCGUUUUGUGGCCAUCUGUCACCCCCUGCAUUACUUAGUCAUCAUGAAUCCUCGCCUCUGUGGCUUCUUAGUUUUUAUGUCUUUGUUGUUUAGCAUUUUUGUAUCCCAGAUUCACAUUCUGAUUGCAUUAGAGUUUACCAGCUUCACAGAGGUGGAGAUUUCUAAUUUCUUCUGUGACCCUGCUCAAGUUCUGAGUCUUUCCUGUUCUGACAGUUUCUUUGGUCUCAUUAUCAAGUAUUUUAUUGGUGCCAUCUAUGGUUUUUUCCCAGUCUCAGGGAUCCUUUUCUCUUACUAUAAAAUAGUUUCCUCCAUUCUGAGGAUCCCAUCCUUGGGUGGGAAGUACAAGGCCUUCUCUAUUUGUGGGUCUCACCUGUCAGUUGUUUGCUUAUUUUAUGGAACAGGAAUUGGAGUCUACCUUGGUUCAGCUGUGUCAUCCUCCCCCAAGAAAGAUAUGGUGUCUUCAGUGAUGUACAGUGUGGUCACUCCCAUGCUGAACCCCUUCAUCUACAGCCUGAGGAAUGAGGAUAUUAAAAGUACCCUUAGGCGGCUCCACAGUAGAACAGUCUAA